AUGGUUCUUAUUCAUUAUCCUACUCAUUCGGGAAAUGAGAUGCGGAUGGCUUAUCCGGAAAGUCUCACCUCGCCCGAGGUGGAAAUCGCCGAGGGUGGAAUUAUGUUGGAUAAUAAAGCCCGCUUUGCCGAUCUGAAAGCGAUGCUCGACUCGUCGAAAGACACCCUCAAAAUGGAUGCAAUGAAGAGGAUUAUUCAGAUGUUGGCCAAAGGAAAAGACGUCUCCGAGUUGUUUCCGGCCGUUGUGAAAAAUGUGGCCGCGAAAAAUUUGGAGUUGAAAAAGCUCGUCUACGUCUAUUUGGUGCGCUACGCUGAAGAGCAACAGGAUCUCGCUUUGUUGUCGAUAUCGACAUUUCAGAGAGCGUUGAAGGACCCGAAUCAACUCAUCCGCGGCUCGGCCCUCCGGGUUCUUUCGUCGAUUCGAGUGGGAAUGAUCGCUCCAAUAAUGCUUUUAGCGAUCAAGGAUUCAGUGAGGGAUAUGAGUCCAUAUGUGAGAAAGGUGGCCGCUCAUGCAAUCCCGAAGCUCUAUGCACUUGAUUCGGAUCUCGAAAUGGAACUCGUUGACUGUAUCGAUUUUCUGCUAGGCGAUCGACGAAGUCUUGUACUCGGCUCGGCCGUCUAUGCUUUCGAGGAGAUUUGCCCGACUCGUUUCGACAUUUUGCACAAACAUUUUAGGAGUCUAUGUCGAGCGUUGGCUGACGUUGAUGAAUGGGGACAGAUUGUGAUGAUCAAUUUGUUGGCCCGCUAUGCGCGUUCCGAGUUCGCCGACCCGGAGAACGCGAAAGUUGAUGCGGAUUUGCAGCUUUUGCUUGCAAGUGCCAGACCACUGCUACAGAGUCGAAGUUGUGCGGUAGUGAUGGCGGUCACUCAACUGUACUAUCAUUGUGGACCGAAGGCUCAACUGGGACAAGUCGGCAAAGCACUCGUUCGUCUUCUCAGGGGUCCACGAGAGGUUCAAUAUGUCGUUUUAUUGAAUGUGGCCACGAUGUGCGAGAAUCAACCGGUAUUCGAGGGCACUUUUGCUAUCAGUCGGAAUAUGUUCGAUCCAUUCUUGAAAAGUUUCUUCGUUCGAUCGUCGGAUCCGUCUUUUGUCAAAGAGUUGAAACUCUACGUGAUGACGUCACUCGUUUCUGAGUCAAAUGUUCAUGUGAUUUUGAGGGAAUUGCAGACGUACGUCUCAAUGUCGGAGCUGGCUGGCGGAGCUGUGGAAGCGAUUGGACGCUGUGCUGUUCGUGUGGGAGCCGUCUCGGACUCGUGCAUGGCGGGACUCAUUCAAUUGAUCGCCUCACCAAACGAAGAAGUCGUUUGCGCAGCUGUUUGUGUGCUCAAAAGACUUCUGCAUGCAUCGGCUCCAAUUCCUCUCCUUUCUCGUCUCAUCCGUCUAACCCAUUCAAUCCAAGCACCACCAGCUCGUGCCUGUGUUGUUUGGCUUGUUACCACUCAUGUUGACAAGGUGAUCGACAUGGCGCCGGAUUUGUUGCGGAUUUUGGCUAAAAAUUUUGCCAACGAACAUGAGAGUGUUAAGGUGGAAACCCUGAAACUAGCGGUUCGUUUGUGGAUGGUGCAACGGGAGAAAGUCGACAAAUUAGUCGAGUACGUCUUCCAAUUGGCUCGUUUCGAUCGAAGCUACGAUGUGAGAGAUCGUUGCCGUUUCCUCCGAAAUCUCCUCUUCAACACGAGCAUUCUCUCAUCACACGCCGAAGAGAUCUUCUUGGCGACGAAACCCGCGCCCGCAUUGCAAAGCAGCUUUAAGGAUCGUGCCCAAUUCCAACUCGGCUCCCUCUCGCAUGUGCUCAAUCAGCGGUGCUCGCUUUACAAAGAUUUACCCGAUUUCCCGGAGAUCUCAUCCGAUGCCACACUUCGUAGAGAGGCGAACGUCGUCGAUCAGACACAAUGGUUAGAAGAGGGUGAAGAAGUUGAAGAAGAUGAUGAGGAUGAGGAUGAAGAUGAAGAAGAAAGUGAUGGAGAUGAAGAUGAAGAGGAGGAUGAGGGCGAUGAAGAAGAUGAAGAUGAAGAGGAUGAUGAUGAAGAUUCGGAUGAAAAUGAUAGCAACGAAGAAAGUAGUGAGGAAAGUGAAGAAGAGAUUGUACCACCAAAAAGAGCAGCUCCUCCCCAAAAAGUGGUCAAAGUCGUGCAACCUGUCAGCAAACCGGUAAAACCGGUAAAACCGAUAAAACGAGAAAUGGAAAAGGCGAAGAAAGAACCCGCACCUUCAUCAGCGAUGGAUCUCCUUGUCGACCUCGACUUUUCCACGGCCGGCACACGGACUCUCGUCGAGCCAACAACCCUUCCGGAUAAGAAAAUCGACCUUCUCAAUGUGGUCGAAGGCGGUGGAGUUGAGGUGUCGCUGGAGUUCGCGCGGAAAAACCAACAACAAUACACUCCACUUAUCUUUACAGUUUCGAACAAAACCGAUGAUGAGAUGAAUGAGGUCGAGAUUUGCCCGCCAGAAGAGAUGGACACAAAUGGAGAGAGAAAGAUCGUUUCCCUUUCUGCCGGUGCGUCAGUUUCCCUCAAAAUCGGUGCCGAUUUCGGGGAUAGUGGCCGUAAAUCGGAAUGGACUUUGACAAGGGAUGGAGGUGAUGGAAGAAAGAUCGAUUUAGAGGUCCCACUCGGUGAACAAUUGCAACCGGUUAAAAUGAGCGAGUCGGAGGCGCUAAACGAACGGAAACGCCUUUCUGGACUGAAUCGACAUCAGAUCUCGAUUGACACGGAAUGGACCUCAGAACAAGUGCUGGCCGUCGCAAAUUUGCAUCAAAGUGGCGAUGAGCUUUUCACCGGUCAGACUCGAUCUCGUAAAGAUCUCGUCAUCGCCACGAUUACCGCUAAAAGUAUAGAAGUAUGCUGUGACAAUUCGGUGGUCGGCCGAAUGAUCGCCGCCGCUAUUCAAAAAUCAAUUCAGCAUAAA